CACUCCCCUGGCUUUCCAGCAUCAGCACCUCCAAAACCAAAAACCGAGCGCGGCGAUUCGCACCGAGAAGAAAAAGGAUGCGCUCCCGUAUCAGCAUCGAGGGACGGCGGUUGUUUUUUCCACGUUUAUCUCGCCUCCGUUCAUGAUGCACCAUUCAUGCAUUUGUAAGAAUGGAAGCCCAGCACAGACAGCCGCGCUUUAAAAUAGCGGCAGCCUCUCCUUCAUAAGCCGCCUCAUCGGCCUUCAUUUGACGGAUCUUUCUUCUCAUUUAGUGAUGCAGAGCAAGGCUUUUAUCUUUUCAGGGCAUCGCGUGAAUGUAGGCAAACAAAAGGAAUCCAAGCCCCCCACCCUGUUUCCGUUUGACGCACCUGUCAGCCCGGUCGCCGCUUGACAUGACAUCAGCGCGAAGCCGGGAGCCGAGCAGCAGCAGCAGCAGCAGCAGCAGCAGGAUCGAGGAGUCUCCAAAGAAAGGAGUCUCCGGACGCGCGGCGGAGAAUCUGUAUCAGCAUCAUCAGCAGCCUCGGGGAGGCCAGAUUGCAGUUUGUGGGGACGAGCGCCAAGGGCAGUGCGGCAGUCAGGAGGCACACCAGGGGGAGGAGGCUGCAGAGAUCUGUGAUACUUCCUCCCCUGUCCCUGCUGCACUCUCACCUCCACAUCACCCCCAAUAUUUGCCCACGCAGGCUGCUUUUACGUUUGAUGAAUGGUGACUGGUUCUACAGACAAGGGUGGAACCUGGAUGGGACUGAUGUGCAUGCUGGUCAGGUCUCAUUUGCUCCCUUGUUUAUUGCUCACUCUGCUGGUCACCUGCACUAUGGGAUGUAUUCAAAGCAUCGCGUGCAAGCCCCGCAUCAGACGGGAGAAUAUUGUGGUGUAUGAGGUGUCAGCCUCGAUUGACCAGUGUCCCACCAUCAUCGAGGAGAACUCGCCCAUCGUACUUCGCUACAAGACGCCGUACUUCAGGGCCUCAGCUGGAGUUGUGAUGCCACCGGUGCCCCGGAAUGAAACUUGGGUGGUGGGCUGGAUCCAAGCUUGCACCCAGAUGGAGUUCUACAACACGUAUGGGGAUAUUGGCAUGUCCAGCUGGGAACUACCAGAGCUCCGGGAGGGUCGGGUAAAGGCUAUCAGCGACUCUGAUGGAGUCAGCUACCCGUGGUACGGCAACACCACCGAGACGGUCACCCUCACCGGCCCCACCUCCAAACCGUCCCGCCUGACGGUCAGCAUGAACGACAACUUCUACCCGAGCGUGACCUGGGCCGUUCCCAUCAGCAACAGCAACACGCCCAUGCUAACCCACAUCACCAGGGACCAGAGUUUCAUCACCUGGCUGGUGGCCAUGAACUCCAUCACAAAGGAACGGAUUGUACUGCAGACGGUGCGGUGGCGCAUGCGGGUAGACAUUGCCGUUGACCCCGACAUGCCGCUAGGCUCACGGGCGUCCCUGGUAGGUCGGCCUUACCAGGAGCAGCCGCACAUCCUCAACUAUCAGGAGCCCAUCCCUCCCAAUGCCCUGGGGAGGCCAAACGCCAAUGAUGCCCAAGUGCUAAUGUGGAGGCCACGGCGAGGAGCGCCGCUCAUCGUCAUACCGCCAAAAUGAGAGAUUCCCGAACAAAAGUUAUUCUUUCUUUUUGCCAAAACAGAAGAUGAGGGUGACGAAGCCUUUGAUGCGUCAGGGUGCGAACGGACAUCGACAGAGAUCUGGUGUUGCGUUAAGUGUUGUUUGGCCCAGAGCUGCAAUUAGAAAGCUUUUUCAGCAUUUUUACAAGUGAACUCUUUUUAGAUGCACCGCCAGAGGUAUUUGACCCCCAACGAGAACUGCAUCCUGCAUCCUUAUGUAGAUCUUAUUGCAUGCGACGAGAGUGAGCAAAACGGUGACAUUGAAAAGAUUUAAAACUCGUGUUUGUUUUGUAUUCCUUAAAGCGUUUGUGAUCGAGACGUCACAUCAGCCCAAAAAAGAAAAAAAAACAAAAACACAGGCUGAUGAUACCUCCUUAGUGCCAUUGAAGGCCUUCAUCAGCACACUCAUUACCAGAGUUGAAGAAUGUAUUCAGAUUAUUUAAGACACUUAAGUAUUAUAUUAACGAUUUUAGUUAAGAUUAUUAUUGGAACGAGUCGGUAUGAAAAUUACAAACAGACAUCUGCUGGAUUUGCUUGCACAAUGAAUUCAUAGAGAAAACAUUUCAUAUGAAACUAGAACGAUCUGUUACCAUAUUGAGGAUAUUAUUCAUGAUGCUUCUACCAGGCGCAAUGGGAAUUGCACAGAACAGUGUCAGAUGACAAAUUUAAAACAUAAUUGCACCUCAUAUCGCAUUUAAAAUGAGAUUAAAUUACUGAAAUAGUCGAGUGAAUGUGGGUCUAAUCAGGCCGUCUCAUCUGAUACAUACAUUGUACAUAUAUUUCCAGACAAUCAGGGAAUCUGACUAUCCUCCAGUUACUUCAACAUGGAAUUACUGUAAACCAGAAUAUAUUUUCACAAUGCUAAAAUUAUUGUUAACGUGUGCUACAGUAGCUGUGUGGAUGAUUGCCAACGAGAGCCUUUCCGUGACACGGUUCUGGUCCGGUUCGUGCUGAGCUCCGUCCACGGCUCUGCCACUCCACAAACAAGUCACAUGGCUUAUCCUCCAUCUGUGCUUCUCUCCAGGUUCAUGUCCCAUCCUCCCAUCUGACUCCUCAGCACACACACACGCACACACUACCUCCAUUCCAAACUCCUCAUUUGCUCUGAAGGCCACAACUAUGCAAAGGUUGUCUGAGUGUAUACAAAAAAAAAAAAAAAAAAUCUGAAAAAGAUCAUUUUCACUUCUGUUAUCAGUUAUUUGUAAGGGUGUUUGUUGAAUAAAAUGGCCAUUGCAAUCAUGUAAAUAGUGAAAA